AUUUCUUAGACAGUAGAAUGUCUCAAAUAGUAAUGUCAAAUAGAAUAUUUUAUAAGUGACAGUAAGUGAAAACUAAUAAAUGGGAUACAUUAUUGCUUUCAAAAUUUAGUACUUGGCUGCCAUUUUCCCCAGGGAAGCCAAAUUUGCACUUGAAUGUACUUUGAGUAAAAAUGUGACUAUGGUACUAACUGGCAGUACUAAAUAAACAUGUCCAAUUCAUAUGAAUCCUUAUGAAAAUAGUAUUGGAACAAUUAUAAAAUUGUGCUGAUUAUGUUAUAGUGUAAUUAAAAACAAGAAUUAAUAACAUUUAUUAAAAUUGAUCAGAUAUUCAAAAAUGACAACAUCAAAAGAACUAAACUUAGCUAGAAAAAGUCUUGUAGCAUCACUUGGUGAAAAUGCAAAAGUGUAUUUUGAAAAAAUGAAACUAUGGUUUCAAAUGAAGACAACAAAAGAAGAAUUUGAUUGCGAAGCAAGAAAUAUCAUGACAGAAGACCAAGUUCAUCUUCAUAAUGAGUUUCUUCUUUGUCUGUUUAAUAAAGUUAGAGGUUUAGCUGCUGCUGCACCUGUUCGUAAAAUAGAUAGAGACAAAGCUAUAAAAGAAAAAAGACUAAGAUUAAAACGUAAAUACAAAACUGAUAAAUCAAAUUUUGAGCCCGCAGAUAUGUAUGUUGAAGUUUUGAGCCAAACAUCAUCACCUGUUGGAGAUGAACCUAUUGGAGCAAAUCGCUCUAGUGCCCAAGAACUUGUAUUGCCAGAUAGAACUUUUGUUUUAGCAAGAUUAAUGCUUGCAGCAUGGGAAAAUAAUAUGGAUGGAGCAGAGGAAAAUACUGCACAUAUAGUUAUAGCUGCCACACAGAUCUUUUUAAAAAAUAUACUUACAGCUAUAUUUACACGAAGGAAGGGAUAUGCUGUAAGGGAUGGCUCUUUUAUUUAUAACAUUGGAGAACCAGUACCUAGUUCAUGGAAAAGGAAUUCUAUGCACAUAACAAGAUCAUCGGAUCAUAAUGUAACAGAGAUGGUAGAUCCUUAUGGUCAAGUACCUACAAUAAAACCAAAUUUUGAAGAAGCUGAACAAGCAACAGCUUUUGCUUAUGCAUGUUCUUCACAAACUAUUCCUCCUCCAUUGAAGCCUGUAAAUACAGCUGAUUUACAAUAUACGCUAAAGAUAUACAAAAAUCUUGUCAACAGUCAUACUAUUUAUGCUACUAACAUGGAACGUUUAUUUACAUAUGCAACACAUCCAACAUGGGAAGAUCUUGAAGCUAAAAAAUUAUUAUGCUAUCAAUCUGCAACGUAACUAUUUAUUUGUGUAAAUAAGUAAUAUUUUAAGAUAAAUAAUUCACAAAUUAUGUAUUAAAAAUUAGAUGUUAUAUAAUGUUUUUUACAAGAUAAUACUUUGUUAAUAAAAUUAAUUUAUAAAAUACUUAAC